UCGUGCACGAACCUUCUCAUUCACUCUCGGCAUGACGCUCUUCACCGCCGCGCUCGCCCGUUUGCAUAUAUAUGCAGCUGCUGCUGUACACCACGUGAUGCGCGUACGCGAAUUGUAGAUAGUCACGAGUCGUGAGUGACAUGCACAAGAGACUAUCACAUCCGCACGGCAAAAUCGCCGCCGCGGCACAGCCGGACUUAUACCGCAUCGCCGCCGCGGCGUCUCGCCCACGCUGUUGCAUGGCCGUGUGGGGUGCAAGGCUUAUUGACUCGACUCCUUCUUCUAGAGCUUCUGGCUGACCGUCAGCCACGGGAUCGUUCGAAUCUGAACCUUGCGACUUGUCAUGUCAGUAUAGUAGUAGUGCCGCAGAGAAGUCUCGGUCUUCCAAACACUUCUCCCUCUUUCUCUAUAAUCUCGCACACUCUUUCGUUCCCUGUAAGCAUUUGAACUCCGCCUCUUUCGAAUUCGCCAUGUCUGCAACAGCUCCAUUCAGCUUUCCCUCUCGCCGAUCUACGGUGCACAGCGUCAGGGGCAUCGUCUCCUCUUCGCAGCCUCUAGCAUCUUCAGCAGGCAUAGCGAUACUAGAACAAGGAGGAAACGCAGCCGAUGCCGCCGUAGCCGUCGCUGCAGCUCUAAACGUGACGGAGCCCGUAUCUACGGGCAUAGGAGGGGACGCAUUCUGUCUGUAUUGGGAUGCCAAGCUGCAAAGAGUCAGGGGCAUCAAUGGGAGCGGAAGGAGUGGAAGCGGAGUGACGUUGGAGAAGCUGACGAGCAAAGGGCAGGCGCAGGCGCAGGCUAGGCAUGCCGGAUCGCUGGAUUGCGAUGGACCGCACGAGCUUGGCAGUCAAUUGCCAUUCGAUAGCGUUCAUGCCGUCACUGUGCCUGGCGCUGCUGCUGCUUGGUGCGACACUGUGCGUCUGCUGGGAUCAGGCAAAGUGACGCUGAGACAGGUGUUGGCGCCGGCUAUCAGGUUGGCAGAGGAUGGCGUGCCCAUCUGCGCACAGACGGCUCACGAUUGGGCGCGCGGCGAGGCGUUGCUGAAAAAGGCGUCUGCCAAUGCAAAGGAGAUGCUGCACGCCGUCAGCGGUGCUGCGCCCAAAGAAGGCGAGAUUAUGCGCUAUCCCGGCCUUGCGCAGACGUUCCGACUGCUGGCAGAGAAGGGCAAGGAUGGGUUUUACAAGGGUCGCGUGGCGGAAGAGAUUGUCAAGGUGGUCAGUGCAAGAGGCGGUCACCUGACCCUUGAGGAUGUGGCGCAUCACGGCGAGCAAGGCAGCGAAGAGGUGCAGCCCAUCUCUUACAAUUACAAGAGCGGUGCUGCAUGCGCUGGAAGCAGCAGCAGCAGCAGCAGCAGCGAGGCAGCAGUCAGGCUGUACGAGUGUCCACCCAACGGACAAGGAUUGGUGGCGCUCCAAGCCCUGUGCAUCCUCGACGAGCUGCAAGCAUCGGGCAAGAUCCAAGCACUGCUGUCCAUGCAGCACAACUCUGCAGACUACCUCCACGCACUCGUGGCCGCGCUUAGGCUCGCCUUCGCAGACGCCACCGCCUUUGUCGCUGAUCCCGCUCACGAUGUACAAGGCGCAGAGAGGGUGGAGAAGAUGUUGAGCAACGAGUACGCCAAGCAGAGAGCUGCGCUGUUUGAAAGUGACAGCAUCCAAUCCUUCAAGAAUGGCAAUCCCACCAGCAGCACCGAUACGGUCUACUUUAGCGUCGUCGAUCAACAAGGCAAUGCUUGUUCCUUUAUCAAUUCCAACUAUGCCGGCUUUGGUAGCGCUAUCAUUCCAGCUGGGUGUGGUUUCACGCUGCAGAAUAGAGGAGCAGGCUUUGUCCUGGAAGAAGGACACUUGAAUUGCGUCGCACCGCGCAAGAGACCAUACCACACCAUCAUUCCCGCCAUGGCGACGCACCUAGUGCCGGACGGUAAGGGCGGUCACAAGGAAGACGUCUUACUCUGCUACGGCGUGAUGGGUGGAUAUAUGCAGCCUCAAGGACACGUCCAAGUGCUCCUCAACAUCCUCAGAGGCAUGUCUCCCCAAGCCUCUCUCGACGCUCCUCGCUUCGUCAUCGGUGCAGGCACACCCGAUCAAGGCGACAUUUUCUCCCAAGUAUUUUUGGAGCAAGGUAUACCGCAAGAGGUGGCUGCAGAAUUGAAGAGACGAGGACAUGAUGUCAAGAUCGUCGAGGGAUGGGAGAGCAGAAAACAAUUCGGAAAAGGUCAGGUGAUUAGGAGGUUGGACUUUGGAGAUGGCGCAAAAGGCUGGGCAGCUGGAAGCGAUCCUAGAGGUGAUGGAGCGGCUAUACCUCAAACUUGAAGCAGACGCCAUCUCGUGCCCUCUCCCCGCCCAAUGUCGGAAUAGCUUGGCAUGCGCAAGUGGUGCAGUGAUGCCAACGAUUGGCUUGGCAGAUUCUCUCACGUUGAUGCUCCUAACGAGGUUGUCUUGCCAUAGCGAGGCGACCAAGGGUCUUGCAGCUUGCAUCCGUCCUCGUGCGCACCCUCAAGCCUUCGCGAAAGCGACGGAAAGGUACGAAUAUCGAUUAUUUCUGUCUGCGCAGCGCGUGAUUCCUCUGUUCAAGCUCUUCGAGCAAUGCUACUCAC